AUGAAAAAGAGUUCACGCAGUGUGGUUUUUGUCCCAACUGAUGACAACCCAGUGAAAAUGAGUCUGCCUGUGUCAAGCCUUGACAACACAACACCAGACAGCUUGAAUGUGUGGAUGACAUCCUUAACAGACAAGUACAAAUCCAGACCUGAAACACCAGAGUUUGAAGAGAUGUGCAUGGCUGAUUUUGCUUCUACCUGCAGACUGGUGUAUGGACAACAGACCAAGGGCAAGAAAGUGGUACCUUUGCUGAAUGAACUAGGCUUUAUACAGAGACGAGAAAGUGACAACGCUGCUGUCAUCAGGUAUCGCCGCAUAUCCAAAGAGAAAUACCCUGAGCAGUUUUACGGCACAUUGCUUAGACUGUAUCUUCCAUACAGAUCAGACGAUGAGCUGAAAAGACCAUAUUUUCCCACGUAUGAGUCAUUCUAUGAGAGAGGUGUGGUUCAGCUGCCGUAUUCUGACCGACCCCUGAGUGUGAAACUCAUUGUGAAAAGAAACAGAGAGAGAUAUGAAAAAAACAGUGAGGAAAUUGACUCUGCUCUCGAGGACUUUGAACAGAACAGAGGUGUGGUCGAUGAAUGGUGUAAUUUGGCACCUGAAUCUGAACUGGUGAGGUUGGAGUGUAUCGAUGAACUGGAUGCCAGACAGUGUGAAAAUGUCCAAGAGGAUGUACCGGAUUACAGCAGACAAGCAAAUGCUGCUACAGAGGCUAGAGUCAUGAGAGAGCCCCCUACAAUCGAUCCCACACGGUUACGACAAAUGUAUCAGAGUCUGAACCAGAAACAGGCAUGUGUGUUCUAUGCAGUGAGAGACUGGUGCAUAAAACGAGUCUGUGGACCACAACCAGAGCAGUUUUUCUACUACAUCAAUGGUGGUGCUGGCACUGGAAAGUCACAUCUCAUUAAAUGCAUUCAUUCAGAAGCAUCAAAGAUUCUGAGAACACUACCUAGACGUGCAGAGGAAGCUGACAUCUCAAACCCGACUGUGCUGUUGACUGCUUUCACUGGAACUGCAGCCUUUAACAUCUCUGGAACAACACUGCACUCUCUCCUCAAGCUGCCCAGAAGUUUGAAACCUCCUUUUCAAGGUCUUGGGAACCAACUUGAUGAAAUCAGGUGUGAGCUUUUAAACGCUGAAAUCAUCAUCAUUGAUGAAAUCUCCAUGGUGUCGAAGCCUCUGUUUGCCUAUGUGGAUAUGAGACUGAAACAGAUUAAAGGCAGCCACAGACCCUUUGGAGGAAUGUCAGUCAUUGCUGUGGGAGACUUUUACCAGCUACCGCCUGUGCGACAGUCCAAACCACUCUGUGUCUAUGAUCCAAGUGAGCUUGACCUCUGGAGAGACAACUUCCAGGUGAUCACUUUAGAUGAGAUCAUGCGACAGAAGGAUGACAAAACUUUUGCCGAGAUGCUGAACAGACUCCGUGUGAAAACAAGGUCAGAUGAGCUUUCUGAAGCUGACAGAGCUCUGCUGUCACAGCGUGUCACUGAACCACAACUGUGUCCCUCUGAUGUCCUGCACAUUUUUGCUACAAACAAACAAGUCGCAGAACACAACUCUGCUACACUAUCUCUGCUCCAUUCUGAUAUCACCACCAUUGAUGCAGAUGACUUUAAAAAGACCCACACACUGGACACAUGA